GCCCACAAAGUCGUGAUCUAGUACCUACAAGAAAACAUAUUUAACAAUGACUUGUGAUUCCAAACGAAAAUCAUCAUGAACCAAUGAGUAAACGUCAUUAUUACUAAUCCAAGAGAAGGAUGUAGAAAUAUCUUAGGAUCAAGAAAGUCAUAAAUCUUGGUCGCAUAGUAGCGAAAUUUCAUGAUUACUUCCCAAUUGGACCGCAGUUUAUCUUGAAUGAAAUCUGCAGCACGAGUACUGGGCCACAAGAGUUUAAUCGCUGUUGUCGCUAAUCCAUUAAUAUCUAAUUUGGGCCCAAUUUAUCCUCACCACUCAUUGCCCGCGGCCCACCCGACCAAAAAAAAGACGUCGUGGAAUACGACGUCGCAUGCUCGUCGUCCAGUCGCCAAAUUGCCACCAGGCGACGCCAAAGGAGAUUCUUUUGUACGUAAGCACACGCUUUUUCCAACACACACGAGAGAUACUCUGUCGGCCGCACUGCUUACGCGCCUGCACGUUCUCGCCCUCCCCUACUCGCCUCUUUCUUUUAAUUCAUACUCCCUUCUCCGUUACAUGCCUGUCACACACAUUCUAUCCUCCCCCAAGUCCCACUCCUGCUUCACCAGAGUUUGAAUUUUGAAUUCCCCAAACCACACACGCCCUCUAAGAUUCUCCCACCGCCCGUCAUUUUAACAGACUUCCUAAAAAUAUCGCUACUUAGCGGAACAUCCGCCUUUCAGCUGCACUGGCAUUCGGUCCCUCCAACGUUGACGACUGUCGUACUCGUCGAAACUCGCCUGCCCCGUUUCCUUUUACACCUAUAUAACCCUUAGGAGCCUUUCAAGAAUCAUCUUUCCUUGCAUUUACAUAUCGUACUCGCGCUGAUCGAUUUCUUGCAGAGAAUAAAGGUACUUUCUUGAAAAUGGGCGUUGAUUACUAUAACAUAUUGAAAGUCUCGAGAAAUGCAACUAUGGAGGAUGUAAAGAAGUCGUACAAGAAGUUGGCAAUGAAAUGGCACCCGGACAAAAAUGCAGUGGACACUAAGGAAGCAGAGGCGAAGUUCAAGCAGAUAAGUGAAGCAUAUGAUGUUUUAAGUGAUCCACAGAAGAGGCAGAUCUAUGAUUUGUACGGGGAAGAAGGACUCAGUUCUGGUCUGUAUCCGCCGCCCAGUUCGAAAGACAAAGAUUCUGGUUACGGCGGAGAAAGAAGGGGUUUUAAGUUUAGUCCGAGGGAUGCGGAGGAUAUGUUUGAGGAGUUCUUUGGUGGACUGGAUGGAGGACAGGGGAAACGCACUGGUGGUGGUGGGAGGUUGAAGAAGGCGGCGGUGAUGGAGGCUAAGUUGCCGUGUAGCUUGGAGGAACUGUACAAGGGGUCGAGGAGGAAGAUGAAGAUAUCAAGAAUCGUCCUUGAUCACUCAGGCAAGCCUAUCACUGUUCAAGAGGUCUUGGCUAUACAUAUUAAACCCGGUUGGAAGAAGGGUACGAAGAUUACAUUUCCAGAGAAAGGGAACCAUGAACCUGGUGCUGCUCCUGGAGACCUAAUCUUUGUUGUAGAUGAGAAGCCACAUCCUACUUUUAAGAGGGACGACAAUGAUCUAGUAAUCAAUCAAAAGAUCUCUCUACUGGAUGCUCUGACAGGCAAGACUGUCAAGAUAACAACCUUAGAUGAAAGAGAUCUGGCUGUCUCAGUAUCAGAUAUUGUCAAACCGGGCCAUGAAAUAGUUAUAAAAAAUGAAGGUAUGCCCAUAUCAAAACAACCUGGUAAAAAUGGAGAUUUGAGGAUCAAGUUUGAUGUCAAGUUUCCUUCAAGGCUUACGGCAGAACAAAAAUCAGAUUUGAGGAGAGUCUUGGGCAGGACAACUGGUUAAUGCGGGUUCAGCCCAACGGUUAUUAUUUGCCAUAAACUCCAGUAUUGCAAGUGCAACUUAGUGUAUAUACUUAAUGUAUUCAGGGUACAAAAGUUCUUGUGCAUAGUAGGAGAAAUACGUUGAGUUGGCUUUUCAAACAUUUGGAAGUAUGUAAGUUAAACUUAGCUACUAUACAAAACCUUUUAGCUGCUAUAUACUUUUGUAGUUUAGUUGAAGAUAAAAAUCUUGUAACUUGCUUGUGUAAAGAUGUUUGUUAACUUUCAUGUUGACC